UCUAAAUAGCUUGUCUAAACUUCAUUUAUGCUUCAUCUUAGUAUUCUUUUGUAUUAUUUAGUGGCCUGGGGGUGCUACUUUCAAUACCUUUCCGAAUGGAACAAAUACGCUGAUGAUGAAAAUGUUAUGGCAGUAACUUACGAAGAGCUAAAAGAGAAUCGGGUCGUAGGUGUGAAAAACAUAGCUGCUUUCCUUGGGAUUUCAAUGACCGAGGCAGAACUUCAGAGUGUGGUAGAAAGAAGCAGCUUCCAGUCAAUGAAGAAGCACUCAGAGAAGACCCAUGGGACAUUUGGCGAAGUUCUCUUUCGCAAAGGUGGUGUAAGUGACUGGAAGAAUCAUUUCAGUGAAGAUCAGAAUGAGAAAAUGGAUAAAGCAUUUGAAGAACAUAUGAGAGGAACUAAACUGGGAACAAAGCUAAAGUAUGAAGUGUAUUGUAAAGCCUGAAAAGUAAUGAAUUAUGGUUACAGCUCAAGCUUUCCAAUGCACUCUCACAUCAUCUGACUACUCUAUACUAGGAAACUAGAUCAAAUGAUCCAAACACCUUAGAAUUACUGUAGGAAACACAUUGCAGUGACCUAUACAGUAACAAUCACAGAAUCAUAGAAUCAUAGGUUGGAAGAGACCUCCAGGAUCAUCAAGUCCAACGAUUCCUAACAAUCCCUAAACCAUGCCCCUCAGCACCUCAUCCACCCAUCCCUCAAACACCUCCAGGGAAGGUGACUCAACCACCUCCCUGGGCAGCCUCUGCCAGUGCCCAAUGACCCUUGCCGUGAAAAAUUUUUUCCUGAACAUCCAGGAUGGAGCAUCCCCUGACGGAGCUUGAGGCCAAUCCCUCUUGUCCUCUCCUCUGUGUUUUUCUGUUUUAAAGGUGAGAUAUUUGGCUUGCUCUGGAUACAAUAAUUAGCUCAGUAAGAUAGCAACUAACCAUGUUCAGAUCAACGUAACAGCCCUGUUUCAUUAGCUGUCACCUGGAAGGAAAUGCCCCUUUUCUCUUUCUAAUCAAACUCAUUAUUUCCAGACUAUUUGUAAUUAUUUAGUAUGUGGAAUUUUGUUUGGUUGGUUGUUUGUUUUCAAAUCAUUUCAAAUCAAGCAACAUUUUCACAGAAAACAUCACUAGCAAAAAACACGGUUCUGACACAACCUAAUUAAAGACAAAGGAUAUCUUCCCUGUGAUUUCAGCAUAAACUGGAUCAAGGCUACAAGAAGGAGAAUGAGGAUCAGACUUCUCAGGGAUUUUAGUGAAAGCAGAAUUUCAAAGCAGAUUUUACAUUACAACGUGUUGCUAAUAGGCAAGAUCCACUCAGUGCUUUUAUAGAAGCACAGAGUAGCCCAGGUUGGAAGGACCUCAAAGAACCAUCUGGUUCAACCUUUCUUGGGAAGAUAGGAUAAUUGCAUCUUGGAAACUUAUCAUUAUGGUGAAUUUACCACAUUCCUAGGCAGAUGGUUCCGGUAAAUAAUUGUUCUCAUUGUAAAGGCUUUAUUUCUUAUAAUCAGAUGAAACCUCUCCAGGCACAACUUGUUCCCAUUGCUCCCUGUCUUCUCUAUGUGGCUUCUUGUAAACAGAGAGCCUCUGUCCUCUUUGUAGCUGCCCUUGAAGUACUGGAAUACUGUGAUAAGCUCCUCCCUGAAUCUUCUUCUUUUCAUUGCCCUUGUUUGAAUGCCCUCUAAUCUGAAUUGUGGUGACCAGAACUGGGCACAGUUCUGCAGAUGUGGUCUGACAAGUGUUGUGUGUAGCCAUCCUAAAAAUUGCAGACAGUUUUCCUUCUAAUACAUAAACUUGUAUAAAUCUUGUUUCUAGCUGGAUAAAGGUUAAUAAAAAGCAACAUCAUUAAUUUAA